UCAGAGCUGUGGACCAGUCCAUGUCUUUAUAAAGCCAAAGCAGACGCCUCUGAUUGGACUUCACCAUGAGGACUCUACAGGUGGUGGUGCUGUUGUGCUGGAUGGCGCUCCUCUGCAGUGCUGCUCCACCUACACCAAAUGUGACCUGCAGUGAUGAUAGCGAAGCAGCAGCUGCACGACUGGCACUGCAUCGCAUCAACCAGAACCAUCGUCACGGAUACAAGUUCAUGCUGUGGAAGAUCAAGAGCAACACAACGGAGAAGGUGGAAGGAGGCUGUAGAAUUGAGUUAGAACUGGACCUUAAGGAGACAAAGUGUCACGUUGUCAACCCCAAACCCAUUGAGGAGUGUGGAAUACGUAGCUCUGGUGAGCGAGUAGUCAUAGCCAACUGUACAGUGACAGUGGAGGUAUAUGAUGCUGACUUUGCAACCCAAUAUAAAUGCGACACAAAACAAGAAAUAAGCCAGUCCGAGAUGAGUAGAAUGUGUCCAGACUGUCCAGUCAUGCUUCCACACACAAACCCCACGACACUGUCCUACAUCCAACAAGCUGUGAAGGAAUUUAACAAGAACAGCAGCGAAGAGAACGUCUACGUCCUGCAGGAAGUGGGACGGGUUACAUCUGGGUACAUGAUGGAAGCAGGGAUGGGCUACUUCUUUGAGUUCCUGAUGGUGGAGACUGAUUGCAAAAAAGACUCCAGAAUCGCGCAUCCAGCCUGUAAACCCCUCUGCUUUGACAGAGCUCAUCAUUUCUUCUGUACUUCAUCCGCCACCACUAGACAUGGACUGGGAAAAUUAAACUGUGAAUCCUAUCCACCAUUGAACACUGAGCCUCGUGGACCUGGUGAGCAGCCUAAAUGUGAUUAUGCUCCUCCCAGUAGGGUCGGACCACCGGCCCCUUCCUCUGGUAAAGUAGGACCACCCUCCCAUAAAGAAUCAGUGCCACUCAUCCAUCCAACACCACAAGUUGACCAUGUUGCCCCCCCUCCUCCAAUUGAUCCUUGCCAUAUUUCUUUAAGCAAAAGCAACCCCGCCCUCCACCCUAUCUGCCCUUUUCCUUUGCCCUGAACCUGUGGCAAACUGACUUACCAGAGUCUGAUGUUUCACUGAUGACAAUAAAGUUACAAUGAGUGAG